AUGGGAAACUUUACCUCCUGUUACAAUGGGCAGCCCCGAACAGCGAUUCUCAUCGACUCUCAUGGAAAUCUCCGGCGAAUCAAGGUCCCGAUUACAGCCGCCGAGAUCAUGCUCGACGAUCCCGGCCACGUCGUCUCGCCGGCGCAACAGAUCCGCCGAAAUUCCCGGAUUCCGGCGAUGAAAGCCGACGAUGAACUGUCGGCGGGGAAGGUGUACUUGCUGGUUCCGGCGGGUAGGACCAACUGUAAGGUCUCGGAAUCGGAGAUGGCGCUCAUUGACUCCGCCCCCGGAGGGAAGAGGCGGCUCAGGAGCCGGAGCUCCAAGGUCUUGCCGGCGGCAUCGACCGAGGGGUCCGGUGGUGAUGAGGUCGAGGUUGAGAAUUCGCUUGCUGUUUUGCAAGGAAAUGAUACCGGCUUGGCCGGUCACCGGUUGGUGAGCCCCAGUCAUUGGAGGUUUACUCCGGUUCUGGAGACUAUUUCUGAGGGACUUUGA